CGGCGCCGGGACAGGAAGCGGAAAGCAGCAGAGAGCGGCGACCGCGGCGGGGCUGUGCCUCCACUGCAGCCCAGCGCAGGCCGCGGAGCCGGGGCGCUGCAGCAAGAGCGCGGUCGUGGAGCGCGGCUGGCCGGCGCCGGGAGUCCUGUUGAAGAGUAGCAUCUCUGAGGCCCACAAGACUUUAGGAGCCAGUGGGUGAGACUGCUCGUGGGAGAAGAGAGCCUGCUCCGUCCGCCAUCCGGGGAAGCUCGCCAUUGCUAUGGAUACCGAAUCCACAUAUUCUGGAUAUUCCUACUACUCAAGCCAUUCAAAAAAAUCUCACAGGCAAGGGGAGAGAACACGAGAAAGACACAAAUCUCCAAGGAGUAAAGAUGGCAGAGGGUCAGAAAAGUCUGUCACUAUCCAGGCUCCCACUGGAGAGCCCCUGCUGGCAAAUGACUCCAUCCCCACAGGCGCAGAGGAAGUUCAGGAUGACAACUGGGGAGAGACCACCACAGCCAUCACGGGCACCUCGGAGCACAGUAUAUCCCAAGAGGACAUUGCCAGGAUUAGCAAGGACAUGGAGGACAGCGUGGGGCUGGAUUGCAAGCGCUAUCUGGGCCUUACUGUCGCCGCAUUCCUUGGACUGCUCGUGUUCCUCACCCCCAUAGCCUUCAUCCUGCUGCCUCCAAUCCUGUGGAGGGAGGAGCUGAAACCCUGUGGCGCCAUCUGCGAGGGACUCCUCAUUUCUGUAUCGUUCAAACUGCUUAUUCUGCUCAUCGGAACCUGGGCACUCUUCUUCCGCAAGCAAAGAGCAGAUGUGCCGCGGGUAUUUGUGUUCCGAGCCCUUUUAUUGGUCCUCAUCUUCCUGUUCGUGGUUUCUUACUGGCUUUUUUAUGGGGUCCGCAUCUUGGACUCUAGGGACCAGAAUUACAAGGACAUUGUGCAAUAUGCCGUCUCCCUCGUGGACGCGCUGCUUUUUAUCCACUACCUUGCCAUUGUGCUGCUGGAGCUGCGGCAGCUACAACCUAUGUUCACACUGCAGGUGGUCCGCUCCACUGAUGGAGAGUCCCGCUUCUACAGCUUGGGACACCUGAGCAUCCAGAGAGCAGCCUUGGUGGUUCUGGAGAAUUACUACAAGGACUUCACCAUCUACAACCCCAACCUUCUAACGGCAUCCAAAUUCCGAGCUGCGAAGCACAUGGCUGGUCUGAAAGUCUACAAUGUAGAUGCUGCCCUUAUGGCCAAACUGAAACUUUGUGUCGCAGAUGGGCCCAGCAACAAUGCCUCUGGUCAGUCCCGAGCCAUGAUUGCUGCAGCUGCCCGGCGCAGGGACUCCAGCCACAAUGAGCUGUAUUAUGAGGAGGCUGAACACGAGCGGCGGGUGAAGAAGCGGAGAGCAAGAUUGGUAGUGGCAGUAGAGGAAGCCUUCAUCCACAUCCAGCGUCUCCAGGCUGAGGAGCAGCAGAAGUCUCCUGGAGAGGUGAUGGACCCCAGGGAGGCAGCUCAGGCCAUCUUCCCCUCCAUGGCCAGGGCGCUGCAGAAGUACCUGCGUACCACGCGGCAGCAGCACUACCACAGUAUGGAGAGCAUCCUGCAGCAUCUGGCCUUCUGCAUCACCAACAGCAUGACCCCCAAGGCUUUCCUUGAACGAUACCUCAGCGCGGGUCCCACCUUGCAGUAUGACAAGGAUCGCUGGCUCUCGACACAGUGGAGACUUAUUAGUGACGAAGCCGUGACGAACGGGUUACGGGAUGGAAUUGUUUUCGUCCUUAAAUGUUUGGACUUCAGCCUCGUAGUCAAUGUGAAGAAAAUUCCGUUCAUCGUACUCUCUGAAGAGUUCAUAGACCCCAAAUCUCACAAGUUUGUUCUUCGCUUACAGUCCGAGACGUCGGUUUGAAAGGUCUAUAUUUGUGGCUUUAUGAAAAACAAAAGAAGAAUAUAUAGAGAUAUAUAUGUCCUGGGGGGUCCUUUUAUAAAGAUUUUUUUUUUUAAUUCUUCAAUGCUGACUGAAACUGGCAGAUGAUAGACCAGUACCCUUCGACCAUCUGCACUUUAUUUGGAAGGAAGCAGAUGUCUACCCCGACAAGCGACUGGUGGCAUCUGACUUUAAUAGAUGGGACUUCUGGAGAAGCUGUUCCCUGGAGUUCCUGUGACAGCUGUAAACCAAAGUGGGGCUGCUGUGUCCUUGGGAGCCUCGCCUUACUGGUCCCUGCCUGUCGCCCCCACUACCAUGUUCCCCUGUACUUCUGGUCGACCCUUCGUAGGUUCUAGGGAACUCCCUUUGUCCUGCUUCAGGAAACUACACAUGCACACGUGUGUUUGCACCUGUAAUUAUCCAUAUCACUACACCCUCCUGGGCAGUCCAGGAAGUUACCCACCCACCAGCAUCUGUUCUUUGUUGCCUUAAGUUCCGCAGAGAAAGAGCCCAACAGAAACUGUGUGCUGCCGGGUUGCAGCUGUUCAGUGAUUUGCUUUCUCUUUUCCCGAUGGAGAGAACUACCUGCCCUGUAUCUGGCCCUGCUCCUCUAAUUGGCCUGAGGCAGGUAGCCUUUCCCUAGCCCUGGGAUUGACCACCUAAACCCCACUGUAGCCCUUGUUGAGCACCCCAGACCACAGCCCCACCUGGUGGGCGGCCCUGGCGAGGCUAGCUCUGUCCCCCCCCUACACCCCCCACAGAGCUUUCCCAGGGUGUCCACAAGUUCUUUGCACAGCCUCAGCCUCUCCUGCAGAGUCCUUUUCAGAAGUAAGGUGUGACCCCGGGGAGCCAUUUGGCUGCAGAGCCCCCCUUAGGCUGCAACAGGGGCCCCUGCUUCCUUAGCCCUGCUUCUCACAAACCAGGAGAGACCAACACUGUGACUCCCAGUUGGCAGGUGCCCCUUGGAGCCAUUUAAUUUCCCAGGGAGACGGGUACUCACAAAGUUUAUGUGCCAAGUUGCCCUAUCACAGGAGACCAAACAAUGCCCACACGCUGGCAACUGUUGCUGUCUCGUCGCUGUGGUUUGUGACCACCAUCACUGUGCAAUGUACUGCAAGGAAAAGGGGUACUCUGCCGCUAAUUACUGGUCAGGAAGAGAAAGGGAAAGGGGGUGCUUGGAAAAGGGAGAGUGUGUGUGGGGGGGCGGUCAGCAUUGCAGUCCAGGAGGCCUCUUUUGUCAGCUAGUUUUGUAACAGGUUUCAGAGGACCAUUUGUAGACAUAAGUAGACAUAGAACCCUGUGCCAGGGUGUGCCAACAGAGCCAUGUCCUGAAACCUUAAAGCGGGGUGUCUUGGUCUCUGUUUACCUUCCUGUAUCUGAAGCAAUGAUCCCCCAAGUAUUCACUCUUUCCUUUCCUGGCUUCAGGGAUCUGGUUUCAGGAAAGGAGAACGCUGUCACCGUGCCCCCUUGUCCCUGCAUGUGUCCCUUCCUGUUUAUGCACUUGGUAAAUCACACUAUUUUAUCUGUCAUUUUUUAAAAAAAUCAAAAUUGGCUUGGGAUAUUUGUAAUAUUUAUACUUGGGAAAGCGAACAUUCUUCACUCGACAACUUUUAGCUCAGGAAGGUGUGUUGGGGAAGGAAGGGGAAUCGCAUGGGCAAGGCACAGAGCCAGGAGACCCUGUGUUAGUAGCAUGACUCUGUUUAGGACACACAGAGUGGAACCACGGUGCUUUGGUCUUAGUUUUUCCCGUUAGGUCCCUUCUGACUGGAAGUUCCUUGUGAUGUCUUUCUCAGGAAUAUUUUAGGAGGUAAGGUAAGGGGUGGGCAGUCUGGGAGAGACUGGCUGUGUGUGGAGGGUAAUGUCACAGGCUAGCUGCUUGGCCACGAAUACCAUGUGGCUCUAAGUGCCAUAAAUGUACAGAAUGUGGGGUUAGAUGUAACACUGCGCAUCAGCGCUUAAAAUACUGUGCUCCCUACGCUGUCUUAGAUCCUGGCUCUCGAAGGGGUUAAGUUGGAGCCCUGUACUGGUAUGUGCAUUUGCAGCAGGGUAAGAAAGGUUUAAAUUAAGGAAUUAAUUUAUUUUCUCUCCUGCCCCCCUCUCCCUCUAUGACUCUUUACAUAGUAGAAUUUCAGACUUCCUGAAAUUAUUGUUUUGGUUGUAAAUUGAAUAUCGAUUUUCUUUUUUUUUUUUUGCAAAACACAAAGUUUGCAUCGAUUUCUUCCCAAAGGAGAAACAAAAAUCAAAGGCAAAUUAGGCCCUUGUAGCUCUCGCAUCUCAACAGCUUGAGUUACUAGCGAAGUGGGACCAUGUGAAUGAUAGUUUGGAAAAAAACAGUGGAAAGAUGCAGAAAGCUACAUCAUACGAUUAAAGACAAUAAAUUUUUAUUUCAUUUCUUGGAGCCCCACAGCCUAUUCUUUUUAAAGGACGUAAAUUGUGCCCUAAAGCUAGUAGGAUGCAUGAUCCUGUUAGAGUACACAGGAUUCCAUUAACCCAAAUGUUUAUAGAUUUUUCCCCUAUAACUUCCAACCUAAGUUAUUAAAAUUCUAACAUUAAGUGUGAAAGAAUUCAAUGCCAAGAGUAGGUUCCCUAUGGCUGUCCCCCCCCCCCCGGUGAUUUUCAGUUGUCUACAAAAGUAGACAACUUUUGUUCAAAAGUGUGUGCUAUAAAAAAAGGGGGGAACAGUCUUUAAUAGUUUAUGAAUUGACUAUUCAAAAAGUCUGCACCAUGGAAAUUUGAAUAGGAUUUAAAGUAAUAAGGCUCAUUCAUCCUUAGGUUAGCCACAGAGUCAAGAUCUUUUGGCUAAAGUUCACAAAGUAAGCCCCAGAGGAAAUGCUUAGCCAUCACGCCCCUGAUCUCCUGACAGUAGCUGCUUCCCUUUCUUCCUCUGAUCUCCCUUUUGAGAUCUGCAAGAAGACAGGUUCUUUACUGCAGAGAGGGUGAAGUCAGUGGCCUGCUCAUGUGUGUUUGUCUCACCGCAAUUCAUUGUUAGGAGCAUGGGGGGCCUGGCCAUUCUGGUGAGUCUUACAAAGUCUUACGGUGCUCACUCUUGCCACUCCUUGAGUGGUGGUAGUCAGUCUCCUUUCUAUACCGUCUUCUUGGGCGCAUGUCUUAAAUGUAACAGCCUGUCUUAGGGUUGCUAUUGCAGUGCUGAAACACUAUGACCAAAAGCACUUGGGGAGGAAAGGGUUUAUUGUGCUAAUGAUUCCACAUCACUGUUCAUCAUCAAAGGAAAUCAGGACUGGAACUCAAGCAUGGCAGGAACCUGGAGGCAGGAGCUGAUGCAGAGGCCGUGGAGGGGUGCUGCUUACUGGCUUGUUCCUCAUGGCUUGCUCAGCCUGCUUUCUUAUGGAGCCCAGGCCCACCAACCCAGGGGUGGCACCACCCACAAUGGGCUGGGACCUCCUCCAUGGAUCACCUUCUAAGAAAAUGCCUUCAGACAGAUCUUGUGGAGGUGUGUCUCAAUUGAGGCUCCUUCCUCUCUGAUAACUAGUUUGUGUCCAGUUGACAUAAAACUAGCCAGUGCAGAGCUCUGUAAGCAUCUAUCAAUGUAUUGAACUCCAGACAUUGCCUUCCCACUCCUCAUUGCCAACCACUGACCCAGGGAAACAACGAGGCGGUGUCCAGUUGACAUAAAACUAGCCAGUGCAGAGCUCUGUAAGCAUCUAUCAAUGUAUUGAACUCCAGACAUUGCCUUCCCACUCCUCAUUGCCAACCACUGACCCAGGGAAACAACGAGGCGAAGUCCCUGGUUUACACUUGUCAACCCUGGCCCUGCUGUGUUAGACUCCCUACGUGUGGGUGCAAACCAAGAAAGGGGAGGGUUGGUUUCCGCCUGUAUUUCUCUGAGCAUGUGUUGCCAGGUAGACAUGUUUGCCUAUUGGCAAUCGUGACAUUCAUGUGGCCAAAUCAGUGUAUGUCUCAUGUGUACAUGUGUGUAUGGCAGCCUGUGGGGUCUACAUCUCUUCAGAGAGUUCCUCCGAGCCCCCAGCUUUUGGAGGGUCACUCUAAGGUGGCUCCUUGUCUGUGUUCUCCUUUAUCCCUUAUACUGUCCCCUCACUGAGGAGAUGUCUGUGGGAGCCCAUUGUCAGCCUGCAAGCCUGCCCGUUAAAUCUGUUCUUGUAUUAGAACCUCUGUAACCUGCACACAGCAAGCAAGAAAGAAAGGGCAAGCACUAUGGGGAUUACUGCAAGGUUUACUUCCCUGGAAGCCUCUGUGCGUUUACUAUGUAACUUUUAAAAGAAACAACCGAUGAUUAGUUAUGGAAAUUGACAGGAAUGUCUGGAUGAUAAUUUAAAGAGUCCUGUAGUGGAGACCUCAAUGGUUAUAAAAUGGCCUAAAGUAUUUCUAGGUAGUGUUUGCUCUUUAUGGAUCUUGUUACAUCACAAAAGAUAAAUCACUACUGUGAAUUUACUACUAUGUAACCUUGUCAUAUCCCAUUAUAAAUAAA